AUGGAUGACAAAGGAUGCCCUGAAGAAAGUGAAGAACAGAGCAAGCAAAAGGGGAAGGCGGAGACGGUGGCGUUUCACAAGCUGUUUGCUUUUGCCGACGGCGCAGACAUUGUGUUGAUGGUGGUUGGAAGCUUUGGUGGCAUUGGAAAUGGUUUGGGGUUUCCUCUUAUGACAUUACUGUUUGGUGAAAUAAUUGACACCUUUGGUGGUAACCAGAACAGCCCCAACAUAGUUGAAAAAGUGUCCCAGGUGACUUGCUGGAUGGUGACAGGGGAGAGACAGGCGGCGAGGAUUAGGGGAUUGUAUUUGAAAAGUAUCCUAAGACAAGACAUUGUUUUCUUUGACAAGGAGACAAACACUGGGGAAGUGAUAGGGAGAAUAUCAGGUGAUACUGUUCUCAUUCAAGACGCCAUGGGAGAGAAGGUUGGGAAGUUUGUGCAGCUGAUAGCAACGUUCAUAGGGGGCUUUGCGAUAGCAUUUGCGAAAGGGUGGCUUCUUACAGUUGUGAUGCUGUGCAUGCUUCCACUCCUUGUUUUGUCAGGAGCUGCCAUGGCCAUCAUCCAGGGAAGGAUGGCUUCCAGAGGUCAAGCUGCCUAUGCAAAAGCUGCACACGUACUUCACCAGACAAUUGCAUCCAUAAGAACAGUUGCAUCAUUUACAGGGGAAAAACAGGCAGUGUCUAACUACAGCAAAUUUCUUGUAGAAGCUUACGUAACAGGAGUUCAUGAAGGUUCUGUUGCUGGGGUGGCCCUUGGCACAGUUAUGCUUCUUGUUUUUAGUGGUUAUGCUUUGGCAGUGUGGUUUGGCGCAAAGAUGAUAAUGGAAAAUGAAGAGAAAUAUAAUGGGGGCACGGUGCUUAAUGUGAUUGCUUCUUUUUUAACUGCUUCAAUGUCUCUUGGGGAGGCAUCCCCUAUCAUGAGUGCUUUUGCUGCGGGUCAAGCUGCAGCUUACAAAAUGUUUGAAACAAUUGAGAGGAAGCCAGUGAUAGAUGCUUAUGAUCCAAAUGGGAAAAUAUUGGAAGAUAUUGAAGGUGAAAUAGAGUUGAGGGAUGUUUGUUUCAGUUAUCCAACGAGGCCUGAGGAGUUGAUAUUCAAUGGUUUCUCUCUUGAUAUACCUAGUGGUACAAUUGCUGCACUAGUGGGACAAAGUGGGAGUGGAAAAUCUACGGUUAUCAGUUUGAUAGAGAGAUUCUAUGAUCCUCAGGCAGGUGAAGUUCUUAUUGAUGGCAUUAAUCUGAAAGAGUUUCAGCUUAGGUGGAUGAGGGGGAAAAUUGGCCUUGUUAACCAGGAGCCAGUGUGGUUUGCAUCAAGCAUUAAAGAUAACAUUGCAUAUGGAAAGGAGGGAGCCACAAUUGAAGAGAUAAGAUCAGCAUGUGGACUUGCAAAUGCUACUAAAUUCAUUGACAAACUGCCACAGGGAUUGAACACAAUGGUUGGUGAACAAGGAACUCAACUCUCUGGUGGACAGAAACAGCGCAUUGCUAUAGCAAGAGCAAUCUUAAAGGAUCCAAGAAUUCUACUUCUGGACGAAGCUACUAGUGCCCUUGAUGCAGAGUCUGAAAGGACAGUGCAAGAGGCUCUAGACAGGGUAAUGGUUAACCGAACUACUGUUGUUGUGGCGCAUCGGUUGAGCACAGUAAGGAAUGCUGAUAUGAUUGUUGUAAUUCAUAGAGGGAAGGUGGUUGAAAAAGGAACACACUCGGAACUACUCAAGGAUCUCGAGGGAGCUUACUCUCAAUUGAUACGUUUACAAGAAGUAAACAAGGAAUCAGAAGAAACUACAAGCUAUCACAGCAAGAGUGAACUUUCUACAGAACCCUCUACACAGUUAACUAAAAAGAGAUCACUUAGGAGAUCCAUUAGCAGGGGAUCAUCAUUGGGGGGUAGUAGCAGCCACUCAUUUUCUCUUUCCAAUGGUUUACCCACAGGAGUUAGUGUCCCUGCUACUGAAGAUGAAGACUUAUUACUUGAAAAUCAAGCACAAGAGGUUUCACUUCACCGACUUGCUUCCCUCAACAAGCCAGAGUUUCCAGUUCUUCUGAUUGGAUGUGUAGCUGCCAUAGCAAAUGGUGUUAUACUUCCCAUAUUUGGGGUGUUGAUAUCCAGUGCGGUUAAAACAUUUUAUGAACCAGUUAAUGAAAUGAAAAAGGACUCCAAAUUUUGGGCACUAAUGUUUGUGGUCCUUGGUCUUGCAUCAUUGUUGGUAAUUCCAGCUCGAGCAUACUUUUUUUCUGUGGCUGGAUGCAAGUUAAUCCAACGUAUCAGGGUAAUAUGUUUUGAGAAAGUGGUGAGCAUGGAGGUUGGUUGGUUUGAUGAGCCUAGCAACUCAAGUGGUGCCAUUAGUGCAAGGCUCUCAGAAAUUGCUGCUUCUGUGCGCGCCCUUGUUGGUGAUGCACUGGGGCUGUUGGUCCAAAAUAUAACGUGUGCCUUGGCAGGGGUUCAGCAAAGAUGCGAAAUGAUGUACGAGGAAGCAAGCCAAGUUGCUAAGGAUGCAGUUGGAAAUAUAAGAACAGUAGCUUCUUUCUGUGCUGAAGACAAGGUUAUGGACUUGUAUAGGAUGAAAUGUGAGGACCCCAUGAAAACAGGGAUAUGGCAAGGGUUGAUCAGUGGAUUAGGAUUUGGGGUUUCAUUUUUCUUACUGUUUUGUGUCUAUGCAACUAGUUUCUAUGCAGGAGCUAGACUAGUGGCCUCUGGAGAAGCAUCAUUCUCAGAUGUUUUUCGGGUUUUCUUUGCUUUAACCAUGGCAGCUAUUGGAGUUUCCCAGUUUAGCACAAUUUCUCCAGAUUCUGGCAAAGCCAAGUCAGCUACUGCUGCCAUAUUUAGCAUAAUUGAUAAGAAGUCAGAGAUAGAUCCAAGGAAUGAGUCUGGUACCACAUUGGAUAGAGUUGAGGGAGAAAUUGAGUUUCGUCAUGUGAAUUUCAAGUACCCAUCAAGGCCUAAGAUACAGAUAUUUCGAGACCUUAACUUGGUUAUCCAUUCUGGCAAGACAGUAGCCCUUGUUGGUGAAAGUGGAAGUGGAAAAUCCACAGUGAUUGCGUUGUUGCAGAGAUUUUAUGAUCCCAAUUCAGGUCAAAUCACACUUGAUGGUGUACCAAUUGGGGAGCUACAACUCAAGUGGUUUAGACAGCAAAUGGGUCUUGUAAGCCAAGAGCCAGUAUUGUUCAAUGACACUAUUCGUGGCAACAUUGCUUAUGGGAAGGGAGGUGAUGCAACUGAAGCAGAAAUCAUAGCAGCAGCAGAACUAGCUAAUGCCCAUGUGUUUAUCAGUGGAUUACAACAGAUUGUACUUGGGUUAACACUUUCUCACAUUUCACAUGGCUAUGACACUGCAGUGGGAGAAAGGGGAACCCAAUUAUCUGGUGGGCAGAAGCAAAGAGUAGCCAUUGCCCGUGCUAUGAUUAAAAGUCCAAAAAUAUUGCUAUUGGACGAAGCCACAAGUGCAUUAGAUGCUGAAUCAGAGAGAGUUGUUCAAGAAGCAUUGGACAACGUCAUGGUGAAUAUGACCACUGUGGUGGUGGCACAUCGCCUAUCUGCAAUAAAAAAUGCAGAUUUGAUUGCUGUUGUGAAAGAUGGAGGCAUUGUAGAGAAGGGAAGCCAUGAAACACUCGUUCGAGUCAAGGAUGGGUUUUAUGCUUCCUUAAUCCAACUUCACUCAAAUGCUUCAAAAAUUUUGGUUCCUUAA